AGUCGAAGAUAAGUGAUUUAUACUGCUUUCUAAAGUAGUGCAAUAUAUUCUUUUAUGAUAUGAUGAAAGCAUCUCUAUCAGCCCAAGUAAGUUCAUUCACUUUGGCAAACAAAUACAUUGGAAGGGGAGACAAGGGCCUUUAUUGCCUUCUGUCCCAAAGAAUCAAUUCUCUUUCAGCCUUUUCCUGUAGAAGUUUUUGGUCUAAUAUUCACUUGGAACACAAGGUUUCUCAUCUAUUAUGUCAUUUCCCUGUAAAUUGAUUAUUUUGCAUCGUUUGAACUAAGAACUAAGCACUGGUGGUGCUGGUUUGAAAAUUUUGUCAUCUUCAUUAUAUUCCUUGAUUUCGGACAUGGGUGCAGUGAUAUCUAGGUUGAGGAAGAGACUUUUUCAGAACCGUGAAGUGAGAAUCCUGAUGCUCGGUCUUGAUGCGUCAGGGAAGACAACCAUUUUGUACAAACUAAAACUUGGUGAAAUAGUUAUGACCGUGCCAACUAUUGGGUUCAAUGUGGAAACAGUAGAAUACAAAAAUAUGAGCUGCAGUGUCUGGGAUGUUGGAGGACAAGAUAAGAUAAGGCCAUUAUGGAGACAUUACUUCCAGAACACCCAAGGACUUGUAUUUGUUGUGGAUAGCGUUGACAGAGGGAGAAUUUGUGAAGCCCGUAAUGAGUUGCAUCGUAUUCUCAGUGAGGCAGAGCUAAGGAAUGCAGCAGUGCUUGUAUUUGCAAACAAGCAAGAUCUUCCUCAUUCAAUGACUGUCUCUGAAAUCACAACUAAGCUUGGCCUCCACACACUUUCUCAAAGAAGAUGGUACAUACAAGGUACUUCAGCAACUUCUGGGCAAGGGCUUUACGAGGGUUUUGAUUGGCUAUGUAACAACAUUUGGCUAUGUAACAGCAUUACUAAUCCAUGAUACUCUUCAUCAUUAUUAUUACACACACACACACACACACACACUCAUUUGUUAUGUCAAAAUACCAAUUUGUCAAUGAAUAUUUAGAGAAGAUCAAGUUAAAAAAUCAUAGAAAUUGAUCAAUAUUUGUAAAUUUAAUGAAUGAAAGUUUGAUAUUUUUGCAGCUAAUUGAUUUCACGUUA